AAAUAACGACUGCGAGAGCGAGAUAGAGAGAGUGCAAACGACACCCAUUGAAAUGUCGUCCGCCGAUUUACAGCUUCCACCGGGGUUCAGGUUCCACCCGACGGACGAGGAGCUGGUGAAACACUACCUCUGCCGGAAAUGCGCGUCGCAGCCGAUAUCAGUUCCGAUCAUUGCCGAAAUCGAUCUCUACAAAUACGACCCCUGGGAGCUCCCAGGCUUGGCGUUGUACGGGGAAAAGGAGUGGUAUUUCUUUUCGCCAAGGGACCGGAAGUACCCGAACGGUUCGAGGCCGAACCGGGCGGCCGGAAGCGGCUACUGGAAGGCGACCGGGGCCGAUAAGCCGAUUGGGCAUCCGAAACCUGUGGGGAUUAAGAAAGCUCUGGUGUUCUAUGCUGGAAAAGCCCCUCGCGGCGAAAAGACCAACUGGAUUAUGCACGAAUACCGCCUCGCCGACGUUGACCGCUCGCCGAGGAAGAAGAACAGCCUCAGGCUGGAUGAUUGGGUUCUGUGCCGAAUAUACAACAAGAAGGGGACCGUGGAGAACCAGCAGCCUCAGCAGCAACAAGAACAACAGCGAACGGCUAGCCGUAACGCGAGCAGUGGCUCGGAGUUCGAGGACAGGAAGCCGGAUAAUCUGAGGUGCCCGCCGCCGCCGGCUUCGGUGGUCCCCAGUCGUCACGCGAGCGAUUACGUGUACUUCGACAAUUCUGACUCGGUGCCGAAGCUGCACACGGACUCGAGCUGCUCGGAGCAGGUGGUGUCGCCGGAGUUGGCGUGCGAGGUGCAGAGCGAGCCCAAGUGGAAGGAGUGGGAGAAGGCGCUGGAAAUCCCGUACAGUUACAUGGAUACGACGGUGGAGAACGGGUUCGGAGCGCAGUUCCAGAGCGGGAAUGAGAUGUCGCCGCUGCAGGAUAUCUUUAUGUACCUGCAGAAGCCGUACUGAUUUUGGAUCGGGUGUGGUGGGGAGUAGGUUCAAGCGUAUUUAGAGUCGGUGCAUGGGACGGCAACAGGAGACGGAAGUCGAUGAGAGUGCGUUUGUGCGUCGACGGAUCUGGAAAGGGGAAAGGGGAAAGGGGAAUGGGGAAUGGGAUUGGGAUUUCAGUUGUUGGGGUCCAGUAUUUUGGGUUCCAAGAGUGAAUUAGGAGGUUUUGAGACUUUUGAGUCGUAAAAUAUGUACGAGAUGUGUGUAUAUAUAGGUUAUGUAUAUCGUUCACAGGGUCUUACUAUUUGUUUGUAAUUCAGUUCAUGGUGGUAGUAGUGAAUAAUGUGUUUUUGUGUUUCUA